AUGUUCGAGUCGAUGCAUAGUGACCGGCACGAAGAGCCGUGGAAGGUCUUAUUCCGCCAUUUACCGUCCCAGAGCUGCGAUCACCAGCUCUGGUGGGAAAGGCUGGCACCAGUUAUCGGAUCCUCCUUGGGUUUGACGGAUUAUGGUCUCGGUGCUCAGUAUCGGAAUCUCCUAUUAAUUUAUUCCAUUGUUAUACCAUCUCUCGGUCCGUUUCCAAACAAGAACGGGGCAAAAUCCACCUGGAUCAAUUGUAUGGCGAACAAUGCUGGGCCGUUAGAUGUCAGCGUGAACUAUCAACAAGGAUCGAAGUGUGCCUUUCGUAUUACAGUUGAACCUGUUGGCCUUCACGCUGGAGGUCAGUCAGACAUCAUUAAUGAGUUGGCUCCGAAGUCCCUGCUCCAGAGUCUGAACCAUAUCCAGCCAGAUAUCGACUUUACCUGGUUCGACCACCUUGACCGUACGCUUAUUCUGAAUACUCAACAGGCGCGCCAGUACUGGAGCUUGAUGGAACACCUUCCCUGCAAAUCUCAGACGGUGAUUGGACUCGACCUUCAUGAGGAUUCAUUCACAGUCAAGCCUUACCUCAGCCCUCUAUUAAAUGCAGCCGCUACAGGCGACAAUUUUCUCCGAGUCAUGUUUGACAAUCUGAGGGAUCUCUGCAGCACCAGCAACCUCAAGCUUGGUCUGUCAAAGGUGGAAGAGUACCUGAGCUCGACGACCCAUAAAAUUCAAGGGGAAAAAACCUAUCUUUCUUUCGACUGCAAGAGCCCUACCCAGUCCCGCAUCAAGAUCUAUUCCGCCGUGGACGUGACCUCACUUGACCAAGUUCAUGACUUCUGGACAUUGGGGGGCCGGCUUCAGGGCUUGGACAUUGAUAAUGGAUUUCGGAUCGUCGAGAAGAUGUGGAACAGCAUUUACCGUUGCCAAAUGCCCAGUGCGAAGUCAAAGGAGUUUUUGACCGUCAACUUUAAUUGGGAGUUGUCGCCCAAGGAUGGCAACGUUGCGCCAAAAGCAUACUUCCUCGUCAGCGAUGAUUAUGACAAGCAUAUCUCUCUGGCCGUGAUUGAUCUCUUUCAAGAACUUGGUUGGAAGGACCAUAUCCACCGACACAAAGCCUUGGAGAAGGAGGCAUACUCUGCCCACGAUCUGGAGGGACGAACUGAUAUCUACAUGUGGCUUGCUCUUGCAUACUCUACACGUUCAGGUCCGUACGUCACAGUUUAUACCAAUCCACUUGCUCGUCGCGUGUAG